UAGCCUUCACCCUGCAGGACUCCUCCAUCCUGCUGAGAGCUCAGCUUGCUCACUUGAAAUCAUCAUGAGGAUCUGCUACCUUCUUGGUAUCCUUCUCCUCUUCAUCUGCUUAUCUGUUCCAGCAAACGGAAACCUUUAUGACACCCUGGAAUGCUACAAUAAGCACGGACGCUGUAGAAGGCUUUGCUUCCACAAUGAAAGGCCCAUUGGCACCUGCACUGGUGGGCGGCAACAUUGCUGCAAGUGAAGGAGAGCAGCCGGGGAGUUCAGAAGGCUCAGGAAGGGCCAGGGAAAGGUCUGAGAGUUACCCCCCUUUCAACCUGGACUCCAGCAAAAUCAGGAGGUUUUUCUAUCUUUACAUAAACUAUGAGUUGUCUUUUGA